UAUUUCAAGUUUGAACAUUGGAAAACAUUGUCGUGUUGAUAUGGAAUGGAAAACAUUACUGUAGUGUUGCAUAACUGAUUACCUAAGGCCAAAUAUUCUUUGAACUUUGCUCUGAAAAACCUUGGAUUCUUUGGCAUUUAUGUAGCACUUAUUGGCAUUAAAAUUGUUUAGAAUGAGCAACAAUUUGAAAACAGCAAAUGAUAAAAUCAUAGUAGAAACCAUGGAUAUUCAAAUGGAGAAUGAACAAAAUUUGGAUAUUCUUCAGGAAGAUAUUGAGAUGAGUGGGGAAAUGAGUACAAAUGAUACCAAUGAAAAUGAUUCCAGUGGGCAUGAUUACCACAGCAAUGAGGGUGAAGAAAAUGAUAAAGAAACAGCUAUGAUUAUGGAAUCUUUUGAUUACUAUAAAAGAAGUGAACAAUCUUCUAAAUCCAAAACUCGGAAGGAGUUGAUAAAAACUUUGCAAGAGCUAAAAGGAUAUCUUCCUCCUUAUAAAAAGAUCAAAGGCAAAUCAAGUAUCCUGGCAACCUUGAAAUAUGCACUUAGGAGCAUUAAGCAAAUUAAAGCCAAUGAAGAAUAUUACCAGUUGAUGAUGAUUAAUGAAAGUUAUCUCUGUGAUCUUGAUAUAUUAUCCUGUACUGUGGAAGAUGUUAAAAACAUUACUGCAGAGUACACCAUGAAGAAUGCAGAUAUGUUUGCUGUAGCUGUUUCUUUGUCUACUGGGAAAAUUUUGUACAUCUCUGAUCAGGCUGCCUGUAUCCUCCAUUGUAAGAAAGAUUUAUUUAAAAAUGCCAAAUUUGUGGAGCUUCUGGCACCUCAGGAUGUCAGUGUGUUCUAUAGCUCAACUAUACCAUAUAGAUUGCCAUCUUGGAGUAUUUGCAGUGGAGUUGAGUCUGCUAACCAAGAAUUCAUGAAGGAAAAAUCUUUCUUCUGCCGCUUCAGUGCAGGAAAAGCGAAUAUAAAUGAGAAUCACUACCAUCCAUUUCGUAUGACCCCAUACCUUAUUAAGAUACAAGGUGCGGAAGAUCAGCUUUGUUGUGUGUUGCUUGCAGAAAAGGUACAUUCUGGUUAUGAAGCACCUAGAAUUCCUUCAAAUAAAAGGAUCUUUACAACCAUCCAUUCACCAAGUUGCUUAUUCCAAGAAGUAGAUGAAAGAGCUGUGCCUCUGUUGGGAUACUUACCUCAGGACUUAAUUGGAACUCCUAUUUUACUACAUCUUCAUCCAAGUGACAGGCCUUUAAUGCUAACAAUUCACAAAAAAAUACUUCAACAUGGCGGACAACCAUUUGAUUAUUCACCAAUCAGAUUCUGUACUAGAAAUGGUGAAUAUGUAACUCUGGAUACAAGCUGGUCCAUUUUCAUCAAUCCUUGGAGUCGAAAGAUUUCAUUUAUAAUUGGAAGACACAAAGUUAUAACGAGCACUUUGAAUGAAGAUGUAUUUGCACCUCAACACACAGAAGAAAAAAUGCAACAUCCUAAUACUGAAGAAAUUACAGGACAAAUACGUAAACUAUUACUACAACCUAUAUAUAAUAGUGGCUCUAGCGGCUAUGGAAGUUUGGGCAGCAAUGGAUCACAUGAACACGUAAGAAGUGUGGCUUCAUCCAGUGACAGCAAUGGGAACAAUGAAGAUACUCAGAAAAUGCAGGAAAGUAUUUCUUCUCAAAAUAUUUGUAAAAAUGGAAGUGUGGACAGAACUCAUGCCUACUUUGAUUCUAGAUUAAAGCUUGAAAAUCAGAAGAAAUCUUACAGAGAGAAACACACUGACUACCGUGAUCAUACCAAUAGUACCACUCAAUUGUUUGAAAAUGAUGGCAUUGGGACUGCUUGUCAAAGGAGUCUAGUUGCAAAAGAAUCAACUUGGAGAGAACACAUGAUAUAUUCAUAUCAACAGAUCAGUUGUUUAGAUAAUGUUAUCAGAUACUUGGAAAGUUGCUGUGCAGCUGAUACUGUGCAGAAAAUGACUCACCCUACACCAUAUACUGAUGUAGCAUUGAAUACUGAUAUAUAUAGAGAGAAAAUGAAUGUUAAUACAACAAAAGCGUCCACAGAAAUUAUAGAAGACAAUCCAUCUGGGAUAAAAUCCAUAGAGAAUCAAACUAUUGUUCUACAUUCUAACCGUUCACAAAAGAACAAAGGAAAAGCUAUAUUUAAGAAAUUAGGUCUUACAAAGGAUAGCCUUGCAAUACAUACUCAAAAAGAAGAGUGGAGUUUUCUGAAUAAGUGUAAAGAAGUAAAAAGGUUCCAUAUUUUUAAGUGUGCUUGCAAUUGCUACUUUCAAAAAAGACCCAAAGGAUGCCCAGCGGAACAUGAUAUGUGUGGAUUACACCAUGGUUCUGGGGUAGCUUUUUCUUUGAAGAAAAUUGGAAGGAUCAAGAAAUCUAAACAAAAACGACACAAGCAACAUGAUUCUUCAAACAAUAUAACGUCUGGUACCAAACCCUUGCAUAAAUUUCUUCUGCUUAACCCAAAUAAUGCAGCUUCUUCUCCAUCAAAUCAUUCACAAGCAAGUUAUCCAGUUGUGCCUGUUUCGACAAUUAUGCCCACCAUUUUCCCAUCUACUGGAAUCACACCAGCGGUUCCUGAAGUUUCCCUACCUUAUUUUAAUGAAACACAGGAUUUCAAAAAACAUUGUCCUCUGCCAUUAACUGAGUUUGUUCCACCCUUAAUGACUCCAGUAGUAGCACUUGUUCUCCCUAACCAUGUAUGUCCUCAGACAAAUAAUAAUAUUCCUCAGACUUCUUGUCUUGAGCCACCUGGUUUUUCUGUUCAGCCUUCUUUCUCUUCAGAAACUUUGCUUACAACACCUCCUUCAUUUGCUGCCUCAAACAAGUUCCCACCUGAGGUAGAUUUUUCACCACAACCACUUUGUUAUAAUUCUCUAGCAAAUAGUGAAAAGAAUCCUGUUGUAGAAUGUCAAAAUAAGCUAUCCCGUUCUUGUACACCAGAGUCCUUGGGUCUACAAGAUCAGUCCUCAUCAAUGUUGUACCAGUCACGGUGUAGUUCUCCUUUACAGUUGAAUCUUCUGCAAUUAGAAGAAAAGCCAAAAACAUUGAGAAAUGGAAGUAUUGCUGUAGAGGGAAAUUAUGGGACUUUAACUGAUGGAGAGAUUACAAAUAAACAAUUAAGCAGAGAUAAUAAAAGAAAAGCAUCGUGUGCAGUUAACACACAAAUGGAAGUUCAGAAUACUGAUACAUUUUCUUUAUCUACUGAUCUACUUGAUUUACUUCAAGAAGACACAAAUUCAGUCACCGGAUCAGGAAGUUUUGCUUUAGCAGCUGCUGAAUCUUUAGAAUCUGGAUCAAAUGGAUGUGAUAUGUCAAUCUGUGGAGCAGGAUGUAGUGGGACAAGUCAAAUCAGCAAGUACAUUGGAAGUAUUAACUCCUCAGAAAAUAAUCAUAAAACAAAAUGUUCACAAAUGGAAGAAGAUGUACAGUACAUUAAAUGUGUCGUCCAGGAUCCUCUUUGGCUAGGGAUGGCAAAUGCAGAUGAUACUGUUAUGAUGACUUACCAGAUUCCAUCACGACAAUUGGAAACUGUUUUGAAAAAUGACAAAUUGAAACUGAAACAAAUGCAGAUGUUCCAACCAGUAUUUACAGAGGAGCAAAAAAGGGAGUUACUUGAAGUUCAUCCAUGGAUUCAGAAAGGUGAACUCCCUCAGGCUCUUGCAAAUUCGGUUUGUAUUAAUUGUGAAGAAGGUAGCUGAUCUUACAUACAAAAUGAAGAGAAAAUCAAUGAAAUGGAGCUUAAUGAAUGAGGUUGUGAGAAUAGUUCACCCAUUCUGAACCCAUUCAACAGUGAAAAUGUGUAAUCCAUGAAGAGAAUUUCAAAAUCAUCUGCUUUCAGCUGAGGCAAUGCAUCAUUUUGUCUCAAAGGUUAAGUUUGUUUCUUGUGAAAUGAAUCUCAUAUGCCAAACAAAUGGAUUUUUUUUGUUCUAAAGAAAGGUCAUUUGUUAAUAAUCUCUUUUUAUGGGGAGCAUGUCUUUCUA